CCUUGACCUCCAUCCUUGUCCUCCGUAGUUCCUGCCAUCCCUCUCCUUUAUCUCCUCCAUCCUUCUCUUCCAUCCUUCUCCUACAUCCUCCCUCUUCAUCUUAUCUUUCUUCCUUGUCCUCCAUCCUCCUUUCUGAUCUUCUUCCCCUACUUGGCCCCAUACACAACAUCCAAGGAUUCUGCCCAUUGAAGACCCCAACAAUGGACUUCAUCCUUAGCGGUGUGGCAGCCUGUGGGGCCUGCCUCUUCACCAACCCCUUGGAAGUGGUGAAGACUCGCAUGCAGCUGCAAGGAGAGCUGCGUGCCCCGGGCACUUACACCCGCCAUUACCGUAACGUCUUCCACGCCUUCUACACCAUCGGCCGGGUGGACGGUUUAGCCGCUCUCCAGCGAGGGCUCAUGCCCGCCCUGCUGUACCAGUUUGGGUUCAACGGACUCCGCUUGGGCACCUACGGGAUGGUCGAGACGGCCGGCUACAUCCACUCCUCCGACGGACGGAUCAGUCCUCUGCGGACCACUGUGGCCGGAGCAUUGGCCGGGGCAAUGGCAGCUAUUGCAAGCAGCCCCAUUUAUAUGGUGAAGACCCACAUCCAGGCUCAAUCGGCUGCUGAGAUUGCGGUGGGGCACCAGUAUCAGCAUCAGGGGAUGUUCCAUGCACUGAUGAUGAUUCACAAAGAACACGGCAUUCUGGGGUUGUGGCGUGGAGCCAUUUCAUCCGUACCCCGGGUCAUGGUGGGCUCUGCGACCCAGCUGGCCACCUUCUCUUCUGCCAAGGAGUUCUUCCAGCGCCUAGAGGUAUUCCCAAAGGACAGCUGGCUGGUAGCCCUGAGCGCUGGCAUGGUAAGCAGCUUCACCGUGGCCCUUGCAAUGUCGCCCUUUGAUGUGGCCAGCACCCGCCUCUACAACCAACCCGUUGGGCCGGAGGGUCAGGGUCUGAUCUACAAGGGUCUUCUCGAUUGCCUUGCCAAAAUCAUCCGCUCAGAGGGCUUUUUGGGGGUCUACAAGGGAUUGGGAGCUUGCUACUUCCGCAUUGGGCCCCACACCAUCCUCAGCCUGCUGUUCUGGAAUGAGCUGCGCCAACACUAUGCCCGCUGGGCACAGAAGCGGUGACGGCGAUGGCAGAUAACAUUAAACCCACUGGGGGGUUCCAUGUUGCCACUUUCCUGGAGAGGUUAAGAAGCAUUAAGACCUGCAAGGCUCUUUUUGCAUUGGACGUCAACCAUGGGACCAACAUGACCUUGGCUGGUGACUUUUGCUCUCUUGAGUCGAGGGAAUGAGCAGUCAGACUCUUCUUUGCACUGCAUCCCAUCAUGUGGCAGCUGAUCUUUACUGUUUUGUUUAAUCUUAUCUUCUCAGUUAUUGCAUUGUACAUUGAGAAACUACUUGAGAUCUAUCAAGAAUUCUGUGAGACUCUUGUAUCCAGAACCUUGUCCUUGUUGUGGAACUAGAACAGGUCUCUGGAUGUUCUUGGGCACAACAUGUCGCCUGCAAAGUUGAAUGUAGUUCAUAAGCUGCCUAAUAGGUCCAGGAAGCAGAUUCUGUAGGAUGGCUAUAGGUUCCAGCUCAUUCUUAGGCCCAACAGAACAAAGUGAAGCAUCUACUACAGCUCUCUCAUGGCUCCAUCCUAUAGAAUCAUGGGGUGAGUACUUUCACAAGGUACUAGACUUCCUGUCAGAAAAUUUUGGUGCUGUACUUUUGAAACCACAUGCUAAAGAGUACCAGGUCAAAUUAUAAAUCUCAGGAUUUAUGGGACAGACACACAAGUAUUAAAGUGGUCUUGCACUGCUUUAAUUGUAUCCCAAUUUGUGGCUUGUUGCAAGUUGUUGGACUCCCAACUGAAAGAGGCUAUGGGUCCUGCAGUCUAAAAAUGUCUGGAAGGCCCAAGGUUUGUCAUUUUUGGGCAAGAGAGGCGCACAAUGUGCUCUUUUUAAAAUUUCAACUCUUAAUGUUACCUGAGCCAACCCCUGUCUAGUAUCAAACUAUUCAAAUCCAAAGAAUUAAAGUUGGCUCACCUCUAGGUGGCGGUAGAGUUCAAGCGAUGGAAACACAAAACUCUUUGUAUUGUCGAAGGCUUUCAUGGCCCAAAUCACUGGGUUGUUGUAGGUUUUUUUGGGCGAUAUGGCCAUGUUCUAGAGGCAUUCUCUCCUGACGUUUCGCCUGCAUCUAUGGCAAGCAUCCUCAGAGGUAGUGAGGUCUGUUGGAACUAGGAAAAUGGGAUUUAUAUAUCUGUGGAAUGACCAGGGUGGG